ACUCCUUCCAAUUCUCUCUCUCUCUUUUUUCUCUUCAACAUUCUCAUUCUCUCCAAAGCAACAAGAGCGAAGAGAAUUCAACUUUCUGCAAUGGCGGUGGUUUCUUCUUCUUCUUCUUCUUCCAUGUGGGUCUUCUUUUUUCUCCUUCUGGCGCUGUUCAUUCACCUACAAGUAGCCAUGGCCACCACCACUCCACAGAUCUCUCACCUCAGGAAUGUUGAAGUGAAAAAACACAGGUUGCCGAGCUUGCAGAACUCGUCAAUGGCGGAGAGGGCACUGGAGGCUGAAAAAUUAAAUGAACAAGCUGCAGUGGCUAACCCAGAGGAAGUGGUUUCAAUGGUUGAGAUGAGCAUCCAGAAUAGUACACAGAGAAGGAAUCUGGGGUUUUUCUCUUGUGGAACUGGUAACCCCAUUGAUGAUUGCUGGCGUUGUGACCCCAACUGGCAGCGCAACAGGAAGCGUCUUGCAGAUUGUGGCAUUGGAUUUGGCAGAAAUGCCAUUGGUGGUCGUGAUGGAAAGUUCUAUGUUGUGACUGACCCCAGGGAUGAUGAUCCUGUGAACCCCAAACCUGGCACUCUUCGUCAUGCUGUGAUCCAGGACAGGCCCUUGUGGAUUGUGUUCAAGAGGGACAUGGUUAUUCAGUUGAAGCAAGAGCUAAUUAUGAACAGCUUCAAGACCAUUGAUGGAAGAGGAGCCAAUGUGCACAUUGCUAAUGGGGCAUGUAUCACAAUUCAGUUUGUUACCAAUGUCAUCAUCCAUGGCCUGCAUAUUCAUGAUUGCGUACCUACCGGAAAUGCCAUGGUGAGGAGCUCCCCCACCCACUUUGGGUGGAGGACAAUGGCUGAUGGAGAUGCCAUCUCCAUAUUUAGCUCAAGCCACAUUUGGGUUGACCACAACUCCUUGUCCCACUGUGCUGAUGGCCUUGUGGAUGCUGUCUUGGGCUCAACAGCCAUUACUAUUUCAAACAACCACUUCACUCACCACAAUGAGGUGAUUCUGCUGGGCCACAGUGACUCUUACACAAGAGACAAACUCAUGCAAGUGACCAUCGCAUACAACCAUUUCGGAGAGGGACUUAUCCAGAGAAUGCCACGGUGUAGACAUGGAUAUUUUCACGUGGUGAACAAUGACUAUACUCACUGGGAAAUGUAUGCCAUUGGUGGAAGUGCUAACCCCACCAUUAACAGCCAGGGAAACCGAUACAAUGCUCCUGUUAACCCUUUUGCAAAGGAGGUGACUAAGAGAGUGGAAACAGCAGAAAGUCAGUGGAAGGGUUGGAAUUGGAGGUCUGAGGGAGAUUUGUUGCUGAAUGGUGCCUUUUUCACACCAUCAGGAGCCGGAGCCUCAGCCAGCUAUGCCAGGGCCUCAAGCUUAGGUGCCAAAUCUUCUUCCAUGGUUGGUUCCAUGACUUCCAAUGCCGGUGCACUAGGUUGCAAAAGAGGCCGUCAGUGCUAGCAUACAUAUCAACCACCAGCCAUGUGAAUGAAAGAGCAAUUAUUUUUCUUUUGUGUUUGAUUCUAAGUUUUUACCAUAUUAUAGUAGAACAUCAUCAUAUAUCCAUUGCUUUCCUCAGAACUCCGUCGUCAUCCUGCAUUCUUGGCAAGUGUACAUUAAUUACACAUGUCAAUAUGGUUUAUGUUACCUCAUUGCCACAUUGUGUGUUUUGCUGUUGGUCAACCUUAGCUGCUCGACUUGCUCCAGCUGAAACAAACAAUGCAAUUGUAGGAGCAGGUGCAGAAGCGCCAUCCAUUGUUUCCCUUUCAAUUUUUGCCUUUCCCUUUGGUCCUUCCCAGCUCAUCUCAUCUCAUCUCAUCUCAUCUCAUCAAAUCAACCUUACCCACCACCAAUUAUAUGCAUAUUUUUCCAAAUGUCAAAUCAUGUCUACUUACAUACUGUUCAGUCUUUUUCAGUUUUUUUUUAUAGGAUUUGAAUGAGCCCAGAUAUAUAUAUAUAUAUAUAUAUAUAUAUGAUUUUUCCUUUUUGUUAUUUUUUUACUAUUUGUUUUGCUGAGUUAAUUAUACAAGCAAAAGCAUGAUUGUCAAAGUUGAGUUAUAUGGAAACACUUUAUCAAUGACGAUUAUGGAAUUGUAAUA